CUCUCACUCAUAUAUUUGCUUUUGUAGUUGGCGCCACUUGCUGAUCUUUUAAUUUUGAGUAAUUUAUUAUAAUUUUGUGCCAGUUUAAACCGUGAAGUUAAGUUAAAUCAUAAUUAAAUAUUAAAGAAGUAGCGCAUAAAUAUACUUCAACCAAGAAAUAAUAAUAAAAGAAACAAUUUAGCUUAAUUUUAUGUGGGAAAGAAUUGGUGCAAAACGAAAAGCGCAAUAACGGCACUUUGUACUUGUCUACAUUCCAAUAGACAUUGUUUUUGGCAUUUAUCAUGUUUCGCAGCGGCAACAGCCUGGAAAGCAGUAUACCGAUGGACAAUAUGGCACCCUUCCAUGGUAUUGGCGGUCUCAAUAUGUACUUGGACACGGCGUCGCAGAACGUCUCGCCACCUGUUUCAUCGGCAACUCUGAGUCCACCGACGACCCCAUUGACACCGGAACCUACGAUGUCCUCGACUCAGUUUCCCCUGCUGACGGACAGCAACCAAGUAAAUAUGAACGCCUCUGCAGCCAGCACACUGUUCUUGCAGCGCCAGUACCAAUAUCACUUACUGCUGCAACAGCAGCAGCAGCAGUUGGCUUUGGCGAAACAUCAGUUGGCUUUGGCUGCGUCUGCGGCCGCUGCGAAUCACCAGCAAAAGGAUGAGAUAGCGCAUUCAUUAAAAAUGUUUGCCCUGCUAACGGCCUGCAAUACAGAUAACAACAGUGCAUCGACCCAAGAUGCAAUGCAGGAGUUUGCAUCCAAUGGAUACGUGAGCGAUGAGCUCAAUUGCUUUCAGUACAACAAUCAAAAUACAGUCACACCGCAGUCGUCGCCUCUGCCACGACAAUAUCCAGCUGGUAACUCGACGGCUUCGGCGACGGCUGCGGUAUCCUUUGUGCCGCCCUCACUAGCUGCUGCCCAUUGGCUUAAUUUCAACAAUUACCGCGAGCAUCUGAACAACGUGUGGCGCAGCAUGUCCUACGUGCCGAACUUGGCAACCACUACAGGAGUUGCUAUGGGCACCCAAAAGAACGUUAAUGUUGGACAGCCAAUGCCCCCGGAUCAAGUACGCAAUAUCAGCAAUGUGAACGUGGCGAGUACUAACAAACUACAUAAGCGCUAUAAUAAUGGCAAGACCAAGGAAUUGGUGCCCAGGCACUGUGUUUUCUGUGAAAACAACAAUGAACCGGAAGCUGUGGUCAACAGCCAUUCGGUGCGUGACUCCUACGGACGAGUGCUGUGCCCCAAGCUGCGCACCUAUGUAUGCCCCAUUUGUGGGGCAUCCGGCGACUCGGCGCACACCAUCAAGUACUGUCCUAAGAAACCUAUUGUCACAAUGGAGGAUGCCAUUAAGGCGGAGUCGUUUCGACUUGCCAAAAGCAAUUACUACAAGCAGCAAAUGAAGGUUUAAUUGUGGGAGAAGCUCUGGUAGUUUUUCAUACGUGUACAUAAUCUAUAUAUAUAUAGCUAUAUAUGUAUAUAUAUCGAUUAUAUUAUUAUAUAUGUAUACGUGAUCCACAUUGAAAUGCUCAAAGAUGAGCAGCGAUAAUUUAAUGCGCCUGGCGCGUUCGAUUUUAUUAUAUUUUUUUUUAAACACUUCGGUCAGAUUAGUGUGUUAUCAUUAACAAAACACACGCUCAAACUUCAAACAUAUUUGUUUCAUAAAAUUCAAUAACUAUAAAAUUACUUACGAUAUCGUAACUUUUGUAGAAUCGUAGCGGCCGAUAAAAAUGUCUAAACACUGGCUUAUUGAUUUGUGCCAGCAUUUUUGUUAACGCUAACGACACUUAGCGAUCAGAUAAUCUGCAAUAUUGGUCUGAUAUAUCUUAAUCUAUUAUUUUUGGAUUGAAGACUUUGAAUUUCGAACUGCCAAUCGUGAUAGAGUUUAAUUUGAAUGCUAAAGAAAAGAGCAAUGAAUAUUUUCGAUGGCAGACUUUUCAGAGUACAAGUUUUUAAAUUUUGACAUCAAAAAAUUGAUUAACAACAAUUUUUAUUAUAUGUUUCAUAUAUAUUCUUUUUUUUUAAUGUAUCAACGCUCAUUACCAGUAUAUAUCCAUUUUAUAUAUUUAUUAAUAUGAGGCGAUCUUUAAAACUUAUAAAUCACGAUAAAUGUUAUACAAAAGUAUAUUUUAUUUUAUUUUUCUUUUUUUAUAAAAAAAUGCAAAGAAUGUUCAAAAUGUUCUAUUAAGUUUAAUAAAAGUUUAUGUAAAUUGAAGUUGAAAUUAACUGCAAAAAGAGUCAAAUAAAGUACUUAAUUAUA